GAUACUACAGAGAACCUAUUUUAAUAAUAACAAAAAAAAAAAAAAAAAACAAUGAUGUAAAUGAUCAGAUCUGCGUUUGUUAUCGCAGUUGCAGAGUGUGAGAUCUCUAUUUCUUUCUCUAAAAUUUUGAGCAGAAGAUGAGUUUCACAAAGGCGUUGUUGCUCUUCUUCGUGAUUUCCGUCUCUUCAAUUUCUGCUACUUUCGCCGAUUCCAUCCAUGGCUGCGGUGGUUUUGUCGAGGCAAGUUCGUCUUUGAUCAAAGCGAGAAAGGCAAGCGAUGUUAAAUUGGAUUAUUCGCACAUCACGAUUGAGCUUCGCACUCUUGAUGGACUGGUUAAGGAUAGAACUCAGUGUGCGCCCAAUGGCUACUACUUCAUUCCAGUAUACGACAAGGGUUCGUUUGUCAUUCAAAUCAAGGGACCAGAUGGUUGGGCGUGGGGCCCAGAUAAGGUUCGUGUUGUUGUUGAUGAUGAUGGCUGCAAUGGCAAUGAAGACAUUAACUUCCAGUUUACAGGGUUUACUAUUUCUGGUAGAGUCGUGGGAGCUGUUGGUGGUGAGAGCUGCCCACUUAAGGAAGGAGGGCCUUCAAAUGUAAAUGUUGAACUUUUGACUCCUGCAGGUGAUCUUGUUUCUUCUGUUCUAACAUCAUCCGAUGGGAGUUAUUUGUUUACAAACAUUAUUCCAGGAAAAUAUGAACUACGAGCUUCACAUCCUGAUUUGAAAGUUGAAACUAGAGGUCCAACUGAGGUGGACUUGGGUUUUGGGAACAGCGUAGUUGAGGAUAUUUUUUAUGUCCCUGGGUAUGAUAUUAGUGGCUUUGUUGUCUCUCAGGGAAAUCCAAUAUUGGGAGUUCAUGUCUAUUUAACAUCAGAUGAUGUCUUUGAGGUAGACUGUCCCCAAGGUUCUGGUACCCCCCCUGGAAAAACAAAGGCUCUCUGUCAUGCUGUAUCUGAUGCCCAAGGAAUGUUCACGUUUAAAUCCGUACCUUGUGGAAGUUACAAGCUUAUUCCUUAUUACAAGGGUGAAAAUACAGUAUUUGAUGUUUCGCCUCCUGUCCUGUCUGUGACUGUUCAGCAUCAGCAUGUGACAGUUCCCCAAAAGUUUCAGGUUACUGGAUUUUCUGUUGGGGGCCGAGUCGUCGAUGGAAAUGACAUGGGAGUGGAGGGUGUUAAAAUUAUAGUUGAUGGUCAGGAAAGAUCUAUCACCGACAAACAAGGAUAUUACAAGCUUGACCAGGUUAUGUCUAAUCGCUAUACGAUAGAGGCUGUGAAGGAACACUACAAAUUUGGCAUUUUGAAGGAAUAUAUGGUAUUGCCAAACAUGGCUUCAGUAGUGGAUAUAAAAGCAGUUUCUUAUGAUGUUUGUGGUGUGGUUCGUAUGGUUGGUUCUGGUUACAGGGCAAAGGUUGCUUUGACUCAUGGACCAGAAAAUGUUAAACCUCAAGUGAAACGAACAGACGCAAAUGGAAACUUCUGCUUUGAGGUUCCAUUGGGUGAAUACCGUUUAUCUGCUUUGGCUGCCCAAACUGAGAGCACUUCUGGCCUGAUGUUUUUGCCGACUUAUAUUGAUGUUACGGUUAAAAGUCCAUUGCUGAAUAUAGAAUUUUCUCAGGCGUUAGUCAAUAUACUGGGCACUGUAGCCUGCAAGGAGAAAUGUGGUCCCUCUGUUUCAGUUACCCUUUUAAGAUUAGCUGAUAAGCGUAAUGAAGAGAGGAAGACGGUUAGUUUGACUGAAGACAGCAACAAAUUUUUAUUUUCGGAUAUUGUUCCUGGAAAGUACAGACUUCAGGUCAAACACAACUCCCCUAAUGGGAAAGAUAACUGGUGCUGGGAGCAGAGCUUCAUUGAUGUUAAUGUUGGUGCUGAGGACAUACAAGGAAUUGAAUUUGUUCAAAAAGGUUACUUGGUCAAUAUUAUUUCCACCCAUGACGUAGAUGCUUUUCUGACUCAACCAGAUAGUUCUCCCAUCAAUUUGAAGAUUAAGAAAGGUGCUCAGCAAAUCUGUGUAGAACAUCCUGGAGUUCAUGAGCUUUAUUUUGCUAAUUCAUGCAUUUCUUUCGGAAGCUCCUCCAUCAAGAUUGACACUCUAAGCCCAAGGCCUAUUUAUCUGAAAGCAGAGAAGUAUCAACUUAAAGGACAAAUCAAGGUCGUGCCAAGCUCAUCUGAUGGUGUGUCUGAGUUACCAGAGAAUCUAAUUGUGGAUAUUCUGAAUAGUGAGGGGAAUCCUGUAUAUAGUACCGAAUCUAGACUUACUUCCAGUGGAAAUGGUCAAACAAGUGGGGCUCUGUAUGAAUAUUCUACAUGGGCUAGUCUUGGAGAAAAACUUGUAUUUGUUCCUCGGGAUCCAAGGGAUAAUAAGGAGGGAAAGAUGUUAUUUUAUCCGAGACAAAAUCACGUCUUGGUUGUAAAUGAUGGUUGUCAAGCUCCAGUCCCUCAAUUUUCUGGUCGACUGGGCUUAUCUAUUAAGGGAUCAGUCUCUCCCCCACUGUCUGGUGUUGAUAUUAGAAUUCUUGCUGGUGGAGACAGCCAAAUAGCUCAGCUCAAGUAUGGUGAAUUAGUACUUGAAACUACUACUGGAGUUGAUGGCUCUUUCGUUGCAGGGCCUCUGUAUGAUGACAUAGAUUACAAUGUGGAGGCAUCUAAGCCUGGCUAUUAUUUAAAACAAGUCGGACCAUAUUCCUUUUCUUGUCAGAAGCUUAGUCAAAUUUCUGUGCGCAUAUACUCAAAAGAUGAUGCUAAAGAACCUAUUCCUUCUGUGCUUUUAUCUUUGAGUGGCAACGAUGGCUAUAGAAACAACUCAGUGUCUGAGGCUGGUGGAGUGUUCCUUUUCAGUAACUUAUUUCCUGGAACUUUCUAUCUGCGUCCUCUGCUAAAGGAAUAUGCUUUCUCUCCUCCAGCAGAAGCAAUAGAACUUGGUUCUGGCGAGUCUAGAGAAGUUGUUUUUGAAGCCACUCGUGUGGCAUACAGUGCCAUGGGUGUUGUCACCCUUUUGUCGGGCCAACCAAAAGAAGGCGUGUCGGUUGAAGCCCGAUCAGAGUCAAAAAGCUACUAUGAGGAAACAGUGACGGAUUCGUCUGGGAAUUAUCGUUUAAGAGGACUUCUUCCUGACACAAAUUAUGCCAUCAAAGUUGUUAGAAAGGACGGUUUGGGAAGCAAUAAAUUGGAGCGUGCAUCUCCUGAAUCUACAAGUGUAAAGGUUGAAUCUGUGGACAUCAGGGGUUUGAAUUUCCUCGUCUAUGAACAGCCUGACACUACUAUUUUAAGUUGCCACGUCGAAGGAAAGAGAAGAGAGGAAUUGCAGUCGCAUCUCUUGGUGGAAAUUAAGUCAUCUAGUGACUCGUCUAAAGUCGAAUCUGUCUUCCCUCUGCCACUUUCCAACUUUUUCCAGGUGAAGGACUUGCCCAGGGGUAAGCACCUUCUUCAGCUCAAGUCUAGUCUUCCAUCAGGCGCCUACAAAUUUGAGUCCGAGGUUAUCGAGGUCGAUUUAGAGAAGCAUUCCCAAAUUCACGUUGGCCCAUUAAGAUACCUCAUCGAAGAAGACCAUCAGAAGCAGGAGUUGACUGCAGCACCUGUAUUUCCUCUUGUUGUCGGAAUCUCAGUGAUCGGCCUUUUUGUCAGCAUGCCAAGGUUAAAGGAUUUAUACCAAACAGCUGUUGGAACACAAACGGCAGGGUUUAGCGCAACCGCGAAGAAAGAAGUGCGGAAACCAAUUUUGAGAAAGAAGACUUACUGAUCACCAAAUUCUUCUUGCCCCAUGUAGAAGGUAAUCAAGACCAAGUUUUCGAUCGGCACUUGAAGUUUUUAGGUGAUUCUAACCUGGGGUAGACCAUCAGUAUCACAGUUAGGACAUUUUUUCUCUCAUUUUUCCUUUUGCGGAUGUUGACAUCUAGUUUUAGGACAUAUAAAUCUUAAAACACCAUACGACAUUAUUAAGAUCAUUGCUUGCUAACAGGGUCUUUUUUUUUCCCCCUAAAUUCGUAAUGAGUUUAUGAAUAAAAAAUGGUUAUUACAUUUCAUCUCCGUUAAGGGCGUUAAUG